UCGCUUUAGUCCGUUUUAACCGUUUCGGUGUUGGAGGAAGACAGUGCAGGAACAUGUCCCGUCAUGUCAGAGCCGUACUUUUACCACCAGCCUGCACCUCUCCCACAGACCAGAGCACAAGUCGCAGGGGCGGGGGUUUCUGGGGCGGACCACCCUAACCUCAACUAAACUGGCCAACCACACUGCGCAGCUGCGUGAGUCACCACAGACACGUUAAUGCCAUUGGUUCUUCAAACACAGUGACUGACUCUAUACUUUAAAAUUUUGCGAAUCGUCACAAUGAAUAAGAUUCCACUUGAAUGCCACCACGAGAGAUACGAAAGAAUGGAUUUUUAAUGCAGCGACAAGUCAAAGGUCAACUCUGAGGGCUCAUCCCUGGAGCAGGCAGGGCUGGGUGAUGUCGCCUUUCGUCACCCUUCAAACGCCCCUUUGUUGAUAAGCUACACCUCCACACCACUGAGGACCAGAGAGCUGCACCAAUGGCAGUUAAGGUCAGAAGCGCGUCCUCUGUCGCAGGACCUUAAGAUCGGCCCUCUCCCUCACCCUUCUUCCCCCACCUCCACUCCUAAACCAGUCCCCUCCCAUCCCCUCUGGAUAUACUCAGAGGGUUGUGCACGUGGGUGCGCGGGUGUCACUCUAUCCCCCAGCUGGACGGACACAACACAAACUUUCAAAGAAGGGAGGACACCCUGCAGGACAGGACGCACCAGGCUGAUCACUGUGGGCCUCCUCCCCGUUUUUUGGAUUCUAAUUUCCCUCUCUGUUUUUGGCGUUAAAGUGUUCAAACUUUAAGUUGAGGGCUUGUUGUCCUUUUGGGGAGGUUUUCACGUGUCUCUAUUUGGCACCGGACGCAUCUGUCACCGACUGCCACUGGGUGUCUGGAGCUGCCAAAGUCAUGCCGGCCGGGUUUCAGCAACUCGGAGGGGAGACAGUGACUGGAACCCUUGCCCUCUCAGUCUUCACCGCUGUACUGGGAUCUCUGGAGUUUGGAUACAACAUCGGUGUCAUCAAUGCACCUCAAAAGAUCAUUGAGGAGGACUAUAACGCUACAUGGGUGCACCGGUAUGGACAGCCCAUCCCCACAGGGACCCUCACCUCCCUCUGGUCCCUGUCUGUGGCCAUCUUCUCCAUCGGGGGGAUGCUGUCCUCCUUCUGCGUGGGUUUCAUCUCUGAGUGGCUGGGCAGGAGGAAAGCCAUGCUCAUAAACAACUUAUUUGCCUUCAUCGGUGGAAGUCUAAUGGGGUUGUCCAAGCUCUGUCGCUCCUUUGAAAUGAUGAUCCUUGGACGUUUCAUCAUCGGCGCCUACUGUGGGUUGGCGUCAGGCUUGACACCAAUGUAUGUGGGUGAAAUUGCUCCUACGAGUCUGAGAGGGGCCUUGGGCACACUGCACCAACUGGCUAUAGUUACUGGCAUUCUCAUUGCACAGAUUCUCGGUCUGGAGUCAUUACUGGGCAGUGAGGACUUGUGGCCCGUUCUGCUUGGUUUAACAGUCGUCCCAACCGUACUUCAGAUGUCACUUCUUCCAUUCUGCCCUGAGAGCCCCCGAUUCCUCUACAUCAUCCGCUGCCAGGAGCAUCACGCCAAGAGCGGCCUGAGGAGGCUAACGGGUAGGCAGGAGGUGGGCGACAUGCUGGCGGAGAUGAAGGAGGAGAAGAGGAGGAUGGACAUGGAGAGGAAGGUGUCCAUCGCGGAGCUCUUUCGCUCUCCGCUCUACCGCCAGCCUGUCGUCAUCUCCAUCAUGCUGCAGCUCUCCCAGCAGCUGUCCGGGAUCAACGCCAUUUUCUACUACUCCACAAGUAUCUUCAUGAAGGCAGGAGUCCAGAGUCCAGUCUAUGCCACCAUAGGAGCUGGUGUUGUAAACUGUGCCUUCACUGUGGUCUCACUCUUUCUGGUUGAAAGGAUGGGCCGACGUACACUCCACAUGCUAGGUCUGGCAGGAAUGUGCAUCUGUGCCGUUAUCAUGACCAUGGCUCUUGCUCUACUGGAUUCUGUUCCUUGGAUGAGCUACAUCAGCAUGCUGUCAAUCUUUGGUUUUGUCGCCUUCUUCGAGGUUGGUCCAGGUCCGAUACCCUGGUUCUUUGUAGCCGAGUUGUUCUCUCAGGGUCCGAGGCCAGCUGCAAUGGCUGUGGCUGGCUGCUCCAACUGGACUGCCAACUUCAUCAUCGGCAUGUGUUUCCAAUAUGUUGCUGACCUUUGUGGGCCCUACGUCUUCCUGAUCUUUGCAGCACUCCUCCUCUUUUUCCUCAUCUUCACGUUCUUCCGGGUGCCAGAGACACGGGGGAAGACCUUCGACCAGAUCUCAGCAAACUUCCACCAGCGCUCAGCAGGAGGAAUGAUGGAUAUGGACAUGGAUAUGGACAUGGACAAGCCCAGCACUGAACUGGACUACUUGGGGGAAGAAAGCAUCAACUGAAGAGUCCCUGCUUGAAGAGAGAUGGAACUGAGUCCAAUUUGGGAUGAACUAUGUAUAUGGCCCUGACUCCAGACCUUUAUUUUCUGACAUGUAUAUUGAGGUCUACUGUUAUAGUCGUAUUAGAUUGUGGUGCCAAAGCAGCGUGAAAGGUGUUUGACAAUUUGGGUGUUUUGGAAUUGACCUUUGCUGGUACCACUACAAUACAAGGUUAAUAGUUAAGAAUUAUGUCUUGACAAAGGCUCUAGACCUGUGGAUUGAGUUGACAGUUGCAGUUUCAAGGAUUAUGAUGCACAUGAGAAGGUGGUGUGUGGACUGUUGAGGCAUCGACUACCAUUGUGGUAGGAUUUUAUGCAACAGUGAUGCACUCACACUUGCAAUAUUUUAAGACAGAGGUGGAGAGAGAGAGGAGGAUUUCCUGCACUUUAUCUACAGACAUCCAAAGUUUUCAGAGUUAGAGGGUUGAAAAACUAGGAUAUACAGCCAUGGAGUUGAGUAUGCAGUAUCGCACUAGAGCAUGUGUAAAUCCAACAGAAGAAAGAGACACUGCUUUCAGAUUUCUGUCAUUAACAAAAUACAACUACGGGAUCAUGUUUGGAUUUAUAAAGUGGUUUGAAAUGGUUUGAAACCGGAAGGAAAAAGGUUUAAGUCCUACAGAUGCAGGAUUAUUCUGGUUUGUAUUUCAUUUAGGCAAGUGUUGAGUUUAGAUGUGGCUUCAUUUGUAAAUGGAAAAAGAUGUUAAUAGAAAAAAAUGUUAUGCUCUUCUAAGUACCUGAAAUUUUUUUUUAAGCAAACAUACCUAAGGUAAAGGUUUUUAAACAGAUGAGUGUGGAAAACUGAAAAUGAUCCGCAGGCCUAGCCCUAAUGGUAAUAUACAAACUGUCCAUCCUUUGCCACUAAUUAACCCAGAAAAAAAGGUUCAGUCACCAUUGCCAAACUGGUGUUUCAAUCAUGAAGUGCAUUCCCAGCUUACACUAAGGCAAAGUGCCAUUUUCUUAUCAGGAGAAACUCAUUGCACAACCUGUAGAAAUGCUACUUUUAAAAGAAACAAUGUCUAUUUUAGUACUUCAUGUGUACAUAUAGUGUGCUGUUUGGUUGUUAUGCAGUUUUAAAGGUGUGAGGGUUUAAAAGUUUUACUUCUAUAUUAACUUGAGUUGGUAUUUGGUUUUGUAAACAGAGGCCUGAUAUUCUAGACCAGAUCAAGAUGUGCAAUCUAAAGGGCUUCUGGUAAAGAGAGCCUCUUGUUGAUGACUUUUGUAUCACAGAAAUAUCACAUUUGUGUAUUUUUCUGGCAUCUGUCCUGUGUGCGGUUUGCUCGUUCUUUUAAUGGUGUUUAUUACUACGUUCUGAAGAAAAUUUAUGAUGAGAUUGUUCAGAGAGGACCUGUAAUUUGUACAGAGUGAAUAUUAAUGCCAUCAUGUUGUGACUCAAGGAUCCAAGUGCUGUAAAUAAUGUUACUGAAAACACC